ACUCACUCAACAGACCAGAUCAUCAGCAGUUACUUUUGCCGUUUUGGAUGCAAGCGUCUGCAGCCGAAGAGGACUGUUUGGGUUACUGCCGUGUGCAAGUGAAUUGUGCUUGCAUGAACUUUGGCCUGAGCCAGUUUAGCCAAUCGAACAAUUUACUUCGUUGGGUUCCUUUCUCAGAGUUUCAUUGCCGAGUAGUGGGAAGCUGUAUUGGUAGCUCAAAGAGCGUUUCAAUCGCCUGCUUGCAACUAUGCGAGUUUUUGCGUGAGCCCUGACUCCGACGAGCGCAGCUGUUGUUUGGCAGCCUUUGCCCGCUGUUGGAUUUAUAAUCUGUUCGUGUCCUGUUGGCGGCGAGGAGUUUUAUUCGGAGGCCCUACUGGUACCGCCGCAGCCAUGGGAAAGGCGUUGUCGAAGAUCUUCGGCAACAAAGAAAUGCGCAUUUUGAUGCUUGGUCUCGAUGCUGCUGGAAAGACUACUGUUCUUUACAAACUAAAACUUGGUCAGUCUGUAACGACAAUCCCGACAGUCGGAUUCAACGUUGAAACGGUUACGUACAAAAACAUCAAAUUCAAUGUUUGGGAUGUCGGCGGACAAGACAAAAUCCGACCCCUGUGGAGACAUUACUACACAGGCACGCAAGGUCUGAUAUUCGUCGUUGACUGCGCGGAUCGUGAUCGUAUUGAUGAGGCGAAGCAGGAACUUCACCGGAUCAUCAACGACAGAGAAAUGCGCGACGCAACAAUUCUUAUAUUCGCUAACAAGCAAGAUAUCCCCGAUGCCAUGAAGCCACACGAAGUGCAAGAAAAGCUAGGCCUUACAAAACUCCGUGACCGGACGUGGUACGUUCAACCGUCAUGUGCAACGACGGGAGAUGGUCUAUAUGAAGGGUUAACCUGGUUGUCUGCAAACCAGAAAGCUAAGUGAGGAUUUUUUAUUGUACGGUUCGUAGUAGUAGCCACAACGAAAAACGAACCAGCAAGCCCUACCUCUCAUUUCCGCCAUCAUGGACCCACCACAUCCAUCUCACCCGCCACACGCCCUGGCAUGCACACACACACAACCUCAUGAUAACUGCCUUUUACAACGUGGUACACAAUGCUCCAGCGCUACUAUUCCCCCGCAGCACGGUGUACUGUACGUUGUUCUUGGCGUCUUUCUCCUCUUAUCUCUCUCUAUCUUUCCAGUUUACCCACGGUGCAUCAAACCUUGCUAUCUGCUUAUACAAUUUGCCUGCUUUUCCACGACCAGCACCUACCAAACUUUACCAGUUGAUAUGUGCCAGAUUUUUGGCUCUGUCCACCUGUACAGUUUUGUUUACCCCUCAUUCACUGUGAACAUUGCUUUAUUGAUAUGCCAAGCAAUACGCUACCCUCAAAGAAUAGUAAAUGUGUCAUACAAGCGAGUGUCUUAAUUUGAAACAACGAGCCCAAAUAUGUACCAACUGUGGUUUCCGUAGGCCAAUUCGUCUCUUUCUUCUGUGUUUUGUUUUCCAAUUCUCACAAGUCAUGUUUUAUAUUUAUGCUUUGCGAGGAUCAAUCCUGUGUGCGUACAAGUGCGCCCGCUGAUUUCCCAAAGCAUUCCUCUUCCAUUCGUAUUUAAUCAAAUAAAUUUGCAGUGGAAGAUUAGGAUUUCUGGUUUUUGGUUCUUUGAAAUGUUGCUGAUUUUUUUGUAUCUCUGGAUGUGUAUUUUAUCGUUAGAGUUUCUAUCUGUCAUUGAAUUGCAGACCACAAUAGCUACCGUGCUUGAACAAUACUGUUUUUUGUUUUUGUUUGGUCUUUUGGAGGGACAGGAACAAUGUGUAUAAAUAUUGUCCACUUA